AUGAUCACCCAAACUUGGGCUCUUAUCCUUUUGAUCUCCUAUCUCUCCUCCACUGCCAAUUUGCACCCGCUGUCUCACAUCAGAGUGCGAAAAAUAUCAACUCUCCAAGGCUGGAUGAGAAUUCACCCCAGACACUUCCAAUCACUAAUUAGAAUGUCUGAGGCUGGCCAGAAAAGAGCAGUAUCACCUGCUGCGGCGGACAAGUCACCAGCUGACUUCCCAAAAACAAGGGCCCCAAGAGGAACGAAAAAGCUCAGAGAUGACCAUGGGUUCAAGGUGAAGCAGCAGACGAUCGAUAAAGACGUUCUUUCGUCUACGGCAAACCCACAGAAGACUAUCCACGAAGAGGAAACUGAAGGAGCCUCGUAUGUGAUUGACGGGCCGCUUCGAAGAACCACGCCUUACUAUUUCACGUAUUUGACAUACUGCAAGCAGAGAUGGAGAGACAGGAAGAUCCUAGAUGUGUUCCUCGAUGAGUUCAGGGAAAAGGACGGUGAUAUUUAUCGCAAGGCCAUAGCCUCGGGCCAGGUUACAAUCAACAAGAAGCCAACGACAAUAGACUCGAUCGUGAGAAAUGGUGAUCUAAUAUCACACAGGUGCCAUCGUCAUGAACCUGCGGUUUCGCUGAGACCUAUAAAGAUCGUUUUCGAGGAUGAAAAUGUAAUUGCCAUAGAUAAACCCUCGGGUAUUCCAGUGCAUCCCACCGGCCGCUACAGGUAUAACACUAUCACUAAGAUAUUUCAGCAUGAGUACGGCAAAACUGUGCACCCUUGCAACAGAUUAGAUAGACUCACCCUGGGGCUCAUGUUCUUGGGUAAAAACGCAAAAGGUGCUGACUACUUUGUCAAGCAGAUUCGUGAGAGAAACGUGAGGAAGGAGUAUAUUGCCAGGGUCAAAGGUAAGUUCCCUGUGGAGCCUCUUCUGAUAGACCAGCCAUUGUAUACUGCCUCUCCAAAACACGCCUUGAACGUCGUGGAUCACGAAAAGGGGAAACCAGCAGUGACUGAAUUCAAGAGGGUGUCUUAUGAUCCUUCUACGGACACGUCGAUCGUGAAAUGUCAUCCACUAACAGGCAGAACACACCAAAUUAGGGUGCAUCUCCAAUACGUAGGCCACCCGAUCGCCAACGACCCAAUUUAUUCAAGUGCAUUCGUUUGGGGUAGUGAUGAUUUGGGAAAGGGUAACGAAGGAUGUUCGGAAGAUGUGAUUGCCAGAUUGGACAAAAUAGGUAAAGAGAAAGCUUGCUCUACUUGGUUCCACCCUGAGGAAGACGGUGAAGUGCUCUCCAAGGAGUGUUGCCCCGAAUGUGAGAUGCCCUUCUACACUGAUCCUGGUCCAAACGAUCUUGAUCUCUGGCUCCACGCCUACAAGUAUGAGGCGUCGGAUAAGCUGUGGUCGUACACAGCAGAUUAUCCUGACUGGGCCAUCAAUCCACACCGCAAGUUCAUGGAGCUUGCUAUAGAACAGGCAAGAAAGUGUGGAGAAACUCAGACUCAAUUUAAUGUGGGUGCUGUGUUGGUGCUUGAUGGAGAGAUCCUUGCCACUGGCCAUUCCCGAGAGCUUCCUGGCAACACACACGCUGAGCAAUGUGCACUAGAAAAAUAUUUCAAGGAACAUAACACUACUGAUGUACCUAAGGGAACAGAAUUAUUUACGACGAUGGAGCCAUGUUCAUUCAGGCUUAGUGGCAACUUACCUUGUGUCGAUAGAGUCCUAAACACUAGCAUUAAAACCUGCUUUGUGGGAGUUCUUGAGCCCGAUACAUUCGUGAAGAAUAACACGGGCAAGGCUAAACUUGAGGAAGCUGACGUUGAGUACAUUCAUAUCCCUGGCUACGAAGAUGAAUGUCUCGAGAUUGCCACUUUUGGCCAUGAGAAGAAGGACUAA